CUUUGUCUUUCUCUUUCUCCUUUUCUUUUCCCCAUACUUACCUACUACCACCACAAUGGGCGACACCCCCCAAGACCAACCCAUCCGGAAGCAGAUCCUCCUCAAUGCAUUCGACAUGUGCACCAUGGGCCAUCUCUCGCCUGGACAAUGGAAGGCAAGCACUCCACCUACCUCACCCGGCUGUGGUUGCUUGCGAUUGAUGCAAAAAUGUAAACCACGAGCAGAACGCCGCCGACAAAUCCGCCACGAAGUGCAAACUCUCCUACUGGAUCGAACUCGCCAAACUGCUCGAGCGCGGGGGAAAGACUGUGGGAAUUCUCCUGGUCCCCCCACCCCCGAAACAGACAGCUACAUCGACCCCACACAAGUACGACUAAUCAACCACGUAGGCAAAUACUUCACGCUGCACAUGCGCCACAUCGUGGACCCAUCCCCGCAACGAACGCCCUUUCUCUUCCAAGCGGGGACCUCCGCGGCGGGCUCCGCCUUCGCAGCCACGCACGACGACGUGAUCUUCUUCUUCGCGACGUUCACGUCGGUUGUGGGGCGGGCGGACGCGGAGGCACAGGCCAAGCUGGCGGAGGCGAGGAGGCACGCGAGCGUGGUGGGCGGACUGGUGCUGUUUAGCGGGUGGACGGGGAUCGAUAUCUUGGGGAUUUCGCUGGAUCGGGAGCUGGGUGAGGAGUCUGUUGGAUGGGUUGACGACGACGACGACGACGAGUAG